CCUGGCGCCUCCACACUGAUACAAUCCGAGCCGAAUGCGUCAAGCACACAACGAGCAGCCAUAGGGGGCACCUCAGUAUAUUGAGGGGGGCCUACAGCAACAGGAUACUGUCCAUUAAAGCCAUCGUAGCAAGCGAGAUAAAGGACCAUUUUAUUUUCAGAUCAAUGGUUUCAUCUCGAGCCAUGGGGGUUUUAUACCUUGCUGUGAUACUGUCUGUCACCAGGAUCCACCAAGUUUCAGGCAUGAGGCUCAUGUACCCUAACACUGGUACACGACCAACGUCAUCCCCGGACUCUUACCCGAUGGGUGACAUGAUCCAUGCUGCCCUACAGAGUAAAGAAUACUUAGGCCAGUCUUCUGCCAACACAGGUACAACCACCAAUCCAACACAAGCAGCUCCUCGUGUCAGGCAGAGCGAGUCGACAGCCUCAGUCAUUUCGCCAGGACUCCUCACCACAGCAUUGGGCUCUUCUUCUGCCGGCGGCCAUGCAGGAUUGAGGAACCGCAUGUCCUUUGUUCCGAUAGAGGAGGAGACAACCACUACCCUAAUCACCACUACCACUAUAACCACAAUGCACAUGCCAGUUCAGUGCAAUGCAUCCUUGUCUGCAAUGGAGGAUGUUGUCGAGUCACCAGAUUCUGCGUCAUCAUCAUUAUCUGUUUCCCCGCUGGAAUGCACCUACAGCAUUAGAGUGUAUGCAGGCUUUGGUGUGGAGAUUCAGGUAAGGAAGGUGAAUCUGUCCAAGGAGGAGUCCCUUACAAUUAUGGGGUAUGGAGGUUCAGCACCGAAGCUUCUAGCCAAUGAGAGCCUGAUGAGGGAGGGUCAGGUGAUUCGCAGCACAACCAAUCAGGUGCACAUUCACUACAGCAGCCGCCAAUCGAACAACCACGGAAAGUUCAUCCUGCACUAUCAAGCUUUUAUGCUAUCCUGCAUCUUCCCUCAUUCUCCCGAAAGCGGUGGUGUGACCGUAACCGACAUCCAUCCUGGCGGUCAGGCACACUUCCAUUGUGAUCCAGGAUUCCAAGUCCGCGGUCAUGAGGUGGCGACCUGCGUCAAUACAACACAACCACACUGGAGUACGCCCGAACCCCAAUGUGUUGCUGUGUCCUGUGGGGGGUGGGUUCGUAAUGCAACAGUGGGCCGAAUCCUAUCGCCACACCCGCCGUCUAUUGCCAAUCACAGUAAUGGAAACAACCUGAGCUGCCACUGGUUACUAGAAGCCAAAGAUGGCCACAGACUCCACCUGCAUUUUGAGAGGAUCGCACUGGAUGAAGAUGAUGAUAAGUUAAUUGUGCACAGCGGGAACAGUUCGUUGUCACCACCUCUCUUCGACUCAGAUAUGGAUGAUGUGCCAGAGCAUGGACUGCUGAGUGAGGGCACUUCUCUGUACUUGGAACUCACUGCUGAUUCAUCCUCUAUCCCUCUACUUCUGGCACUUCGAUAUGAAGCGUUUGAUGAUGAGCACUGCUGGGAGCCCUACAUGCCGCAUGGAAACUUCAGCAGCAGUGACAUUAGCUACCAGCUGGGCACCACUGUUACCUUCAGCUGCUCACCAGGCUUCGUCAUGGAACAGGGGUCAGCCACCAUUGAGUGCGUGGACCCCAGCAACCCUCACUGGAAUGACAGCGAACCUGUGUGCAAAGCAUUGUGUGGAGGUGACCUGACUGAUCCCUCGGGUACUAUCCUUUCCCCUGAUUGGCCUCAGAGCUACUCCAAGGGCUUGGAUUGCUUAUGGCAGAUCCACGUCAAUGAAGAAAAGCGCAUUGAACUGGACAUCCAAAUCCUAAAUAUUCGCCACACUGAUGUGCUGACCAUUUUUGACGGCCACGAUCUUAUGUCCCACGUCAUCGGACAUUACCUGGGUUCCAAACAGCGCUUCCAAGUUGUAUCUGGGGGUUCAGAGGUCACCAUUCAGUUUCAAAGUGACCCAGUAGAUUCCAGCUUUAUUCUCAGUCAGGGAUUCCUCAUUCAUUAUCGUGAGGUUGAGCCAAAUGAUACCUGUCCCACUCUACCUCAAAUCGAGUUCGGGUGGAUCAGCUCAUCCCAUUCCUUCCCAGUGAGAGGAAGUGUGCUGACAUAUCAGUGUCAACCAGGAUAUGACAUCAACGGCUCGGACAUCAUCACUUGUCAGUGGGACCUCUCUUGGAGUAGCAGCCCACCUACCUGUGUCAAAGUUAAUCAGUGUUCUGACCCGGGAGAGGUCGUGAACGGCGCACGCUCUGUGCGCCCUGAAGCCGGUUUUGCUGUUGGAACCAUUGUGCGUUUCUCCUGUAACCAGGGUUACCAACUAGAAGGUCCCAGUCAAAUCUCUUGCCACGGACGAGAUACUGGUACCCCAAAAUGGAGUGACCACAGCCCAAAGUGUGUUUUAAAAUAUGACCCAUGCCCAAACCCUGGCGUCCCAGACAAUGGUUACCAAACGCUGUACAAGCACAGUUACCAGGCAGGAGAAACCCUGCGUUUCUUCUGUUACGAAGGCUAUGAGCUCAUUGGUGAGGUCAUCAUCACCUGUGUGCCUGGACACCCGUCUCAGUGGAACAGCCCACCACCAUUUUGCAAAGUUGCCUAUGAGGAUCUACUUGAGGAUCACAGAUUAGAGGUGUCUCAAUCAUUUGAGCCCUCCCAUCAGAUCCUGAGUGAGAACAUCGCUCUUGCAAUUAUUUUGCCCAUCAUCCUGGUCAUUUUACUAAUCGGAGGAAUUUACAUGUACUAUACAAACAUCUGCAGGCUAGAAUGGAAGCCACUCUUCUGGAAGUCACUUUCUCACACACACUCCUACAGUCCCAUUACCGUCGAGUCUGAUUUCAACAAUCCUCUGUAUGAGGCAGGGGAUACACGAGAGUAUGAAGUGUCCAUUUAAAGGCCAAAAUAUCUUAGUGGGAUUUAAAACCAAUUAAAUUGACAAUAAAAAGAUGUUUGUUAUUGUAAGAUCAUGACCCCCCUUUCAGUUAAUUUAGUCAUUUUUCUACCACACAACUUUGUAACUUUGUCCUAUUUUCAUUUCAUUGGCCUGUGGUGGAUUUGACAUCUUUCAAUGUUACAUUGGGACCUGUGCCUUACAAGGGUUUAAAAAAAAGUCACUCGAGGAAAGUAAAGGGAAAAGGGUCAUAAAAUAAUUAUUUGUUUAGGCAAGCGUAACUUUGGCCAUGUACAAAAUACAUUGCUAGUCAGUCUGGUAUUCUGUGGUUUUGAUUUCCACCAAACGUUGCACAUGUAUGCUAUGACUUGCUGUCAGACCAUGUCAAAGGCAGAACUGUCUUUUGAACAAACUUUUAGUAUUUGCUCUCUUUUCAAAAACAAGUACUGUUAAUGACAAUACACCAUGUACUCAAACAUUUUUCACACAAAAACGGCAGUUAUCAUGACUGCAAAUGACAAAUUCAUUACAAGCGACAGCGUGUCACAUUGGAUCCAUGUUUCUAUGAUUGCUUCUUGCAGAUUCAGUCCUUGCUUGUUCGGCCCACCUCUAGCAUCGAUUUUGAAAUCCUGCCCAAACCACAAAAGACCAGACUGACUUGCCGUGUAUCUGAUACAUGCCAAAAGUUAAGCUAGCCUUCCAGUCCAACUGAUGCCAAAAACUUGAGAAACUGGCAAUAUUAGCGAGUGUUGCACCGAUACCAUUAUUUUGUUCCCCAUAUGGCUACGUGGUAUUAGCCGAUGCCAAUAUAUUGUACCAGUGCCGCGUUUUUCAAAAAAAAAAAAAAACUUUUAUUAAUACUAAAUUACUGCAUGCUCUCUUGAAUGUAAAGUCAUCGCUAUCAUGGAUUGGUCAGACUUAACUCAGUGGCUGCCAUGGAUGGCGCUAGACGACCUAUCCACUUGAAGUGUUUGGGCAAGCAAUGAAUUAACAUUUUGUCCAUUCCCACUCCAAAUAGAUUGGAUGUCUACUAGAGAUAAACUCAUUGAAAUUCAGAGCAGACGAUGGCUGGACGCCACACGAUUGCAUGUCUAUCAUUAUCAUGGGAGGGCAACAAGCCCACCAUUUUUUUUACAGUGGCGUGUGAGGCUGGCAACUAUAUUGGGUAGGUCGACCAGUGGUUAGAAACUUCUGUAAAUCCCGAAGAGACCAUGUACGACAUAAUCGGCCUGUUAUUUCUUAGUUUGGCGUCAUUUUAGUACCGUAUCGGUACCGAUACUAUUAUCUGUAUCGGUGCAACACCAAUAUUAACUAAUUGGCUGCCACUGACGGCACAAGAUGUCCAAUCCAUUUGAAGUGGGAGGGUAGGCGGCGCUGCCUACCCACCCACUUCAAAUGGAUUGGAAAUCUAUUAGUGAUAAACGAGUGAUACUCAUUUACAACAGACAACAAACAAAACACACUUGAAUGUUUUGUGUUUAUUUAUGUGGCUAACGUUGCAAACUGAAAUGUGUUAUUUCACCAUUUUCUCUCUUACUCACUUUGUCUUUGUGUAAAAUUCACACACACACAAUGAAUGUAAAUAUAUGACUUGAUAUUGACCGAGGUUGAUGUAAACAGUAUAUACAUUACUAAAUUAAAUAUAUAAACCUCAUAUUUACACUUCUACAUGCUAGUGGGAGGUUGUAUAUUUUCAUUAAAUAGAUAAUGAAAAUUCAGUGCCAAAAUAUAAUGUUGAAUAACUUCUUGUGUCCUUUUAGUGUUUCAUCCGUUGUUAAAGUAGUGUUUUCAAAGGCAAUCUUAUGUUUUUAUUCUUUUUUUCGGGGUGACAUGGAUCAGUGGUAGAAUAGUCGUCUCCAAACCUAAAGGUCAUGGGUUCGAUUCCACUGCCCUGGUGACAGUGUCAAAGUAUCCUUGAGCAACGAUACUUAACCCCACGUUACGAAAGAGGUGACUGUGAAAGCGCUUUGAGUGACUUGAAGGUGUAAAAGCGCUAUAUAAGUGAAAGGCUGUUUGCCAAAAAUAGCCAAUGUCUCAUAACAUACUGUACAUGGGAAAGCGAGGCCAUGAAUGUCAUUAUGCUUAUAGCAUGCACUGAUUGUAAAUUAUAUUGCUUCUGCUCAGUCUUGCCAUUACCAUUAUAUUUAUUGACAUAUCGGAUUUGAUGUUGUAUGCACUAUGUUGAUGAAAAAAAACAACUCUGGCUGUUUGCUGUAAUGCAUUAUGUAUUUAUUUAAAACAAAUUGUUUGGCUCAUUCACUGCGCCAAAUGGGUCGCGUGGUAGAUGUAAUUAUAAGUAGCAUUUCUUUGCUUCAUAUAUGAGUCAGUUCUUUUGAAGGCAGUAAUUUACUGAACUGGAAAUAAAGUCUCUGUUGAAUGGUGUCAAA